UUCACACACACUCUCACUUCACAUGCAGCCACAGAUGUGUGUUUUGUAACUCUUGUUUAGUCUUGAGAAGUGUGCAAGAGGCGAGUGGAGAGACGGAUUUGUCAGAUCACUUCAAGAAGGAAUCAUCACAGAAUCUAACAAGAGUCAUGUGGGUUGUCUUGACCUUCCUGUUCGCCCUCUCCGGUGGCGCUCUGUCUCUGGAUAAACUCAACAUGUGUAUGGACGCAAAACACCACAAAGAAGAGCCUGGCCCUGAGGGAAAACUGUACCUACAGUGUGCUCCUUGGCGUGACAAUGCAUGCUGCAAGGCCAACACCACCGAAGAAGCCCACAAUGAUAACUCCUACCUCUACAACUUCAACUGGAAUCACUGUGGAGCUAUGAGCCCUCAGUGCAAGAAACAUUUCAUCCAGGACACUUGCUUUUAUGAGUGCUCACCACACCUGGGACCCUGGAUACAGCUGGCCGUUGAGAGCUGGCGUAAGGAGCGAAUCUUGGAUGUGCCUCUGUGUAAAGAGGACUGCGAAAGUUGGUGGGAAGACUGCAAGAAUGAUUAUACCUGCAAGACUAACUGGCACAAGGGAUGGGACUGGAGCUCAGGUGUUAACCAGUGCCCUGCAGAUACCAAGUGCCAGAAGUGGACUGAAGUUUUCCCAACGCCCAAAUCCAUGUGCGAACAAAUUUGGUCCAAGUCGUACCUUUAUACUACCCUCAGCAAAGACUCAGGCCGCUGCAUGCAGCUCUGGUUCACCGGGCCAAACCCCAACAAGAAGGUAGCCGAGUACUACCUCAAAAAUGCACAGCAACGCCAAAGCUUUGCCCUGACAACGACGCUCCUCCUGGCUGUCACAUUCUCCUCUGUAAUGAUGAACUAAAAUGAUAUCCUGUAUCACUCCGGAGCUACCAAUAAAACGGAUAAUGCUC